AUGCUCGGAAGUAAUAAUUUUAACGCGAUGCUCGUCGCUUUUCUGCUGCUUUUGAAGAAUGAAACAUCAGCUUCUCCGUUUAAUCAGCCAAAAUUCUGUCCAACAGUCAAAUGGAACCGAGACGCCACUACUUUUGUCAUGUCGAACGUGUCCGAGGUGACCGCUGAUACUAUAUUUAUUGACACUAACAAUAUGAUUCAUGUUAAAUUUACUGAUCUUGAAAAGUCGCGAAUUCUAGUUUGGCAUGGAAAUAGUACUUACUCCGUGACGAUUCCUGUCGAAGAUGUAUCGAUCGUUGCACCUAUACUUAUUUCCGACGUUGGUGAAAUCUAUGUAGAUCGUCUUGAUGGUCAAAUUAUUAAACAGAUACCGAAUACAAAUGAAUUUGUUAGUGUUAAAGACUUCAAAGCAUCAUGA